AUGGUUAAAUUGGCUCAUCCGUGUGUGAAAUCUUUUUUGGAUGGGAUUUGUUCAAUGGGCAAAAGUGAAAUGAAAGACAAACCCCACUCAGAGCUUGGCAGCUGGAAGAAAGCUGUGACCACUUCUGAUGGCUGCUGGCUUAUUAGAGGACUUCAUAGCCAAUGUUGUACUUUUGUCGUUAUUAAUUUCUUAACUGAAUGUACGUUAUAUUAUGGUCAUUCUGUUAUGAGGGGCUCAAACAACAUAUAUGAUUCAGAUCUCUGGAAGGGUACUUCAAAGGCAGUCGAGGGUCAUCUAGCUGAGGUCUGUUUCACUAAAGCUAAAGAGGAGGGUAUGGUGGUUGCCAUAAAUUGGCAAGAUGCUGACUCCUUGUCAGCAAAAUCAUUUCACUUUGUGUUCCCUGACAACUCCCUUAGCCGUGUCAUGCUUUGUGGAGGUCAUGUAGGUCGUGCACAUGGCAACAACCUUAAGGAAUAUAAGGAGAAAAAGUCUGUGGAUUUGUCUGUUGUGGCCACUCACCAGAAGGAUUGUCCUGAGCUAGGAAAAGCAAAAUGUGAGUGUGCUGGCAAGCGAGCCCACUCGAAAACCUGUGGUUGUAUGUCAGAUGAAUUUCUGGCUAGAGUUAAAAGCAACCACUUUUCAGCACUGAAUUAG